UGUACAUUGACGUGGUGUGACACGGGCUCCGGAGGCAGAUAAUAACGGGUCCUGCCUGACUACGAAACAACAAAUCGGCGUUUUUUCUCAUUUUGAUGCUCGUAUACGGUUUUCAGUGUGUGUAGCGUUUGCUUCACCGGCAGAGCUGCGUUGAUCCCCAUCCGCUGAGCCCGACCCACCUCUCGUCCAUCGUCGCUGAUGGGAGCUCAGUAGCUAGCUAACUUGGCGAUGAAGAUGAUGAUGGUGAUGAUGAUGAUGAUGAUGCAUCGGAGGAUUUAUCCCGGUGUCUCUGGCUGAGAUGGAGCCUAGCUAGCGAGCUAACGGAGCCCGCCGGGGAUCCAGUUUGCCCGAGCAGCCGCGGAUAACGUCAGCUAAAUGGGCUCAUCUGCGCUUUUAUCGCGUUAUUACCCCACGUUUCCACCUCUGUCCCCUGAUUUGAUUUGAUAAGAGACACUGACCAUGUUAACGAUAGCGGCUAACUUAACCGUGUAGGUUAGCCACACGUGACUCCGUUUAUAUUGCUCCCACAAUUAGCUUCAUCUCUUCGGCCGUCCGCGGAUGCUUCAGUGACAUUAACGGACGGUGUGUAUCAGGAUGGCACAGCUCUUGGACAGUGCCGGCAAACUGGGCUGGAUUCUGCUCAAGUCUGUGACACGUUUCGUGUUUAUGUUCCUCAACAAUUGUGCAGCCAUCCCAUCCUACUGCGUCUACCUGAUCCUGCUUCAGCCGCUGAGAAUAUGGGACAGCUCCACUUUCUGGCACAUUGAAGGAGUCAUGUUUAAAUGGUUGCUGGCCAUGGUUUCGUCAUGGGGCUGGAUCGCAGGUUAUACAGUAAUGGAGUGGGGUGACGACGUGCGGCCCAUCUCUGAAGAAGAAGCCAUGGUCAUCGUCAACCAUCAAUCCACAGGAGACGUGUGUACCCUCAUGAUGUGCCUGCAAGACAAGGGCACGGUGGUACGAAGAAUGAUGUGGUUGAUGGACCAUGUGUUCAAAUACACCAACUUUGGCCUAGUGUCCCUGAUCCACGGGGACUUCUUCAUCAGACAAGGUAAAGCUCACAGGGACAAGCAGCUGUUCUACCUAAAAGAUCACCUAGACAAAUACUACCACAGCCGCGACAGGAAGUGGAUAGUGCUGUUCCCCGAGGGCGGCUUCCUGCGCAAGCGGAGGGAAACCAGCCAAACGUUCGCCAAGAAGAAUUCCCUCCCCCACCUGACCCACGUCACGUUGCCUCGUCUCGGGGCCACCCAAGUCAUCCUGAAAACCCUGUCAGCCCAGCAGGAGAACGGUAGCGUGGGCAGCGAGAGUGGGACCCUGAACCAGACGGGUACCAAGCGUAAAGGCCUGCAGUGGGUAAUAGAUGUGACCAUAGCUUACCCCAAAGCAAAGCCUAUGGACAUCCAGACCUGGAUCUUUGGCUACAGGCCUCCCACAGUCACACAUGUACACUACAGGAUGUACCCUAUAAAAGAAGUUCCUGUGGAGACGGAGGCUCUGACUGACUGGCUGUAUCAGAGGUUUGUGGAGAAAGAAGACUUGCUGGCCCACUUCUACGACACAGGAGCAUUCCCUCCUCCAGAAGGACAGAAGGAAGCGGUUUCUCGACAGAUGACCCUUGACCCCGUGUGGCUGUGCCUCAUCCAGUUGUUUGCUUUCGUCUCCGGCUUCAUAUGGUUAAUCGUCCUCCGGUACCUCUACUGCUGUUUAUUUUGAGUGCACUGACGAGGCGAGAGUCUUUUAUCGGACCAUCGGAAAUGCCUCAGGAUCAGUUGGUGUGUGGCCUAGCGUCAUACUUGCCCCCUCAACCUCCCCCCCAAGACCCUCCCCGACACCCCCCGAUGGAUGAAUGUACAUUUGCAAAAGUGGAGAGACUUAACAGGAAACAAAAACAAAAAAACAAAACAAAACAAAAAAACAAAAAGACAUGUACACGAACACACAAACUAAAAAACACUCAUACAAUACUAAAACUGGUCACACACAUAGUAAACUUGCACACAACCCUAAUGCCACACACUCGCUCCAAAAAGACCUAGCAGAUUAAUCUCUCACACUUCGUCACGCCUCAUAUUUUGAUGUUUACACGUCCUCAUACACGUAGACGCUCACACGUACAUAACUUUUUAUUCAAAGUUGACAAAAAUGAGGCUCAGGACUCCUCCAGAGGACGCUCUGGACCGGACUAUCUCUCUCUCUUUCUCUCUCUCUCUCUCUCUCUUCGUCCCCCCUCCUAGGCUUCAGCCGUAGUAGUUUUACAGAGUCUAACGAGUGUACGGAAGUGUGUUUGAGUGAAUACGUGUGACUAGGAGCAUAAUGUCGGCCCUUAUUCUUCUUCCUGUCGAGAGUUGAUGAUGCCCACUGGACCUCUCUUUCAGCCUGCUGAUGAGCCGGCUGGCCACACCUUCCAGAGGGAGCGGGGCGCAUGAACGUUGUGGCGCCGCAGCCGGCCCGCUCCUCUGGCCUUCAUUGCACUAAGGAUCCAUACUGCCCUAACUGCCCCCUGCCCCAGGAAAUAUUCCUGAACGGUAGCUGUUAAUGUUUUGAUUUAUUUUGUUUUCUCCCCCCUGAUCCCGCAUAUCUCCACAACAACGGCCAUCGUAUUUGUUGAUGUCUUUUUGUUGUCGUCGGGAACUUUUUUUUUUUUUUUUUUUUCUCCUGUGGCCGCCCGUCUAUCGAGACAGUAUUCUGAGAUGGGGGGGAGGGGGGGAGGGGGGGAAUCAUGUUUACACUGGCGUACCUGCUGAAAGCCUAAAGGGAUGGCGGAUAUGAUGCGGCGCUUGAUUAUGGACCGUUACUGUAUCAGACGUGAACGGAGGAAUAGGAAAUAACGUUUUAAAAAGAAGACAUAAACAUUGGCAGGGGGAGUGAGAGUUACAGUCUGAUCAACUUAGAAAAGUAACUCCCUCUAUGUGGAUUUUACCCUUUUUCACCCACUCCUCUCCAACAUGCAUACACACACACAAAUACACAUGGGCACACACAGCCAUGUGCAGCUACACACUGCAGAGAAGACGUCUGUCUCGAGGAUCAUCUCAGUAAGCCAGACUGAGAAGGCAGAGACUCUUGUUCCCCCCAUUGGACUACAUAGUUUUACAAAUAUUUAAGCCAUAUGCUUAGUGUUGUUGAGGUGGGAAAAAAACAUGGAAAAAAAAUAUGAUUUUUUUUUUAUAUAUAUAGAAAGCUACCCUAAUGUUCAGCAUUCUAAAAUAGAGAUUUUGGCUUACAGAACUAUAGGUAUCAUUACUGUAAAUUUACAGCAUAACCUGCCUAAGUGAGUGUGUGUGGUUGUCUUUCUCCCCCAUUUUUGAUAAAUAUGAUUCAUGUCGUGUUGCUCUGUGAUGUCAGAGUGUGGAGGAAAUUCACCACAGGUGGUCAAAUUUUAUUUCAUUUUAAAUUACUUAAAAGUGUCGUCCUCAUGUCAUGGUAUGUUUAAUCUUGUACAUAACAAAGCUGAGGAAGAGUUUUCAUUGUUGGAAACUGAAAUGACUGCAGCAUCCUUUCUUUCUCUCUCUCUCUCUCUCUCUCUCUCUCUCUCUCUCUCUCUCUCUCUCUGUCUCUGUCUCUGUCUCUCUCUGUGUCUCUCUCUCUUUCUCUUCCUCUCUCUCUCUCUCUCUCUCUCUCUUGGUCCGUGAUAAUUUCAGAGAAUUUUAGUUUAAAAUAUCAUGAAUGGUUUUUUUAAAGAAGAUGAAGAUGAAGAAAGCACUUCUCAGUGUUACCCUGAUUUUUUCUUUUUUUUUUUUCUUCUUUUGAGUUCCUGAGCAGGAAGUGUGCUUUAUGACAUUAAACCUACAUCCAUGGUGCUGGCAGCCACAUGGGCCCAGUUUCAAACUUGUACCAUUAAGAUCUGGUCGGGAAACCUCAAAUGUCACACCUUAGCUGAUAUCUUGUUAGACCACAUGCCCUGAUAGCACUGUCCCUCUUAACAAACAUGUAGCGUGUUUGUUGUAAGGUACAGUACGUAAACAGUUCCAAGACAUCAAGCUGAAAUUGGGCCGGCGAAGGAAGGCAUCACUCUUCACUGGUUGGGAAAAUCUGGUUGGGCCGUGCAAUGACGCAGCUGUUCUCUCUCAAAUGUUCUUGUGUUGUGGUUUUUGAGGUCAAUUAUAUGUAAUUUGCUUAGCCUGCUUUUAGGAAAAAUGAUAGAGGUGCAGCAAUUACCAUUGUCAUAAACUAAUGCAUAAAAAGGUGCAUUUUAGUAGUUACUGCCCUCCCUAUGUGCCACUGUUGGUAGAAACUGUGUGUGAAAUGCAGAAAAAAAAGAAGAAGAAAAAAGGGCUACCUGACUGGGGUAGGUAAAAACAUUUUAAAUCAGGCUAUAAAUGUGUUUCAUCCAGAGGCCCUUUCAGAUUCCCCUCCAUCGUGAGAGUGACUUGAAAUGAAACUUCAUGUUUUUAUUUGUUUUUUGUUUCCCCCCCCCCCCACCUUUUUUUGUGUUAUUUUGACCAUGUUUCCAAAGAAGGCAGGGAAAUAAUGUUUUCCUAGAUGUGGUUUUAGGAAAUAAACACAAUAGGGAUUUAAACAAAUUAUACUAGAACUGUCUGUAAUUUUCCAUUUUGUACUUCUCCUUUAAUUCCUAGCUACACAGCCAUUUUACAACACAAAAAACUUGUGCUGGAAUAAAACAUCAUAAAG